GCAAGAAAUAUUUGAUUGACUUGAUUUUUACACUUGAUCACUUCUCUCAAUGCAAGUUUACGGGCAACUGGUGAUUAACAGCUGUUCAAUUUUCAAGCUGGUGGGACAUUUUGAUCAUAUUUAGCUUGAGUUCAAAAUAGUUGUUCUCUUUUCGGGUCACAUUCUGGCUUUAUCUCAACGAUAUAAAUAUUUCUUCGACGGUUGACGUGGAUGCAUUCAAGAAAAACGACACACAAUCGUCAAUUUAUCAGAGUAGUAUAUGAAAAUUAUGUAAUGUACGGUUAGUAAAAUGGAGGAAAAAAACGGAGAAAAAACGAUAAGUCAACUCCCGGACCAAGUAGGUUCUAAAUAAAUGAAAUCAAUAACUUUUCUGAUAGCAUGACGAAUAAUUUGAAAUGGAGCGAUAAUUUCGAUUUUUUCAAUUAUUUUCUAAAAUGGUCAUUUUUCUUGUUUUUGCUUCAAUUAAUAUUUUAUUUAAAGGAAUUUCAAACUUGUUCAUAAAAAUUACCAUUUUGUGAAACUCCUAACCGUCAAUUUUUACCGGAAAAUUCGAAUAUUUCUUCAUAUUGAGAAUAUUUCAAUAUAUUGAUAUUGAAAUGCUACAGCAAUGAAAAAAACGUAGGAUCUAUCAAUCACUUGUCAUAUCAAUUUCAUAUGGUUCGUCUUUUCGAUCGGCUACUAUUUGAAAAAUUUAACGAUUUUAGAGCUCUUCAAAUUAAAUUACCGAUUUCUUUGGAAAAUAUCCUAGAGAAAUGUCAUGUCAAACGUUUGGACUCAAAGGAUUGUUUGUCUCUGUCAUUCAAGAAUAUUGCAAAAAAAGAACUAUUUUCAAUAACCGUUGGGUAUUUAUUAAAAUUUAACGAAAAACAAAUCGAAUAGUAUCUAUGAUUUUUCAAUCACCAUAGAGUCAUUGUGUGCAUGUAUAUGCAAAUGCAGAGUGUGUUCUAGUGUGUAGAUGUUUUACUCAUUAUUUUUUAACGGACUGAAGUGCCAUACCAAUGAAGUGUGUACAUUUGGUUUGGAAUGGAAGCAAAGUAUGAGGCGCGAACACGUCAGUGCAAGUGGUAGUAAGAGACGAUAAAAGAAUCAUACAAAGCGCGCACCCAUUGAAUCGAACGUUGGUGUAUAUGUCAUUUUGGUUUCACACCGAUAGUCGGUCUAACGCAUUGCAACGCAACCGUGUGGAGAAAAAAAAGACGUUAGACGACCGAAACAAACGCGUUGUGAGUGUGUUUGUCAAGUGAAAAACGCGUUGUGCUGCGCUUGUGUGUCUCUGUAUUUUUGUUCUUUUUUUCUUGCACGAUUGUUGUUGUUGUUGCUGUAGUUGUUGUUGUUUCGACAGCCGUAAUAAAUGUCAAACAUUUGCAUACUAAAGUCGAUUUCAUGUCUGCAGCAAAAGGAGAAGAAAAAUAAGGUAGUUAUCAUAUAGUUGGUAUUUUUUUUUGGGUGAAGAGAAAUUGUGCGGGGAAAAUCAAAGCAGCGAAUAGGAACAACAGAGCCAAAACAAAAGAAGAAACAAAAACAAUAUUCGCAAGUGUUGGAAUUGGAGUAGCCCAAGAACAAGAAAAGUCAUCGCAUAACGAUAGAAGGGAGAAAAAAAAGAAGAAUUAACGACACAGUCUCUUAUAGGGAAAAAUGUUUUCGUCAUUACGCUUGAUGUUUUCAUUUGAAUCGAUGUGUAAAUAAACCGGAUAACCCAAAUAAGCACAUGAAUUUAUCGAAGCAGACAACAACAUCGGUAACACAAGUCUAGUGCGUACGACGAUACGUUCAUAUUCGAUAUUUGAGAAUAUCGAUUCGAUUGUAAUGUUUUCAAACGGUCUUCCGUGCAAUUUACCAUUCCCGAGUUGCUUAGGUGUGCCGAAAGAUAGUGGAAGUGACGAACUACUGCCGACAAGUAUGGGUAAUCGAGAACCAGUGAUCCUAAAUGUUUACGAUAUGUAUUGGAUAAAUGACUACACAACCAAUCUGGGGAUCGGCGUCUAUCAUUCAGGUGUUGAAAUUUAUGGCAGCGAAUUUGCGUACGGUGGCCACCCCUUCUCAUUCACUGGCGUAUUCGAAAUUACGCCACGGGAUCAUGAUGAAUUAGGCGAACAAUUUCGUUUUAGACAAAGUAUUCAAAUCGGCUGUACAGACUUCAACGAAGAAGAAGUUCGACGUAUUAUAGAAGAAAUUGGUAAUCAGUUCCGUGGAGAUCGAUACCACCUAAUGAACAACAACUGCAACCACUUCUCUAGUUCAUUAACACAGAUAUUGUGUGGCCAAGAAAUCCCUAGCUGGGUUAAUCGUUUGGCACAUUUUAGCUCAUGUGUGCCAUUUCUACAACGCUGUUUACCAAAAGAGUGGCUUACUCCGAAUCAACUGCAAGUCCAGAUACAACAAUCAAUAGCAAUCCAAAAUCAGGAGCGCGAUUCAGAUACGAGUCCGUUAUGAGAUUCGGCCAAUAACGCAUUCUAAUCUUAAUCGAAAAUCAACUAUUUUAAAAACAAACACAGAGAUGAAAUGAGAGCGAGAGAGAGUGUGUGUGUAUUUAUUUGAAAAAAAAAACGAAGCAUGAAUCGCUUGAUGGCCUGCAGUGGCCAUUUAUCGGUUCAAUACUGAGAAGACGGGAAUAACUAAGCAAAAACGACUCAUUUGUAAAAAGGAAAAUCAUUAUAUUUUUCUUUCUCAUAGCCUACAUAAACGUCAUUAUUAUUAAAACUAACUAUCACACAAUAACUAAAUUUCAAUGCGAAAACUACAACAACAAUGUUAAAAUAAUAACAAUUGUGGCGUUAUUUUCUAAGUUGACAAGGAAAUCAGUUUGAGUUUUGUGCAAAGGGUUUGUAAUUCGUGUCAGGAAAUGGAAAACAAUGAAAUUGUUGUUUCACAGGCACUUUAAUUUCCUGAUUUGGAUUACAGACGCGCGCACGUUUUGAAAUUGGUAUUUGUGUGUUAUUUUUUUUCUCCCGAAAGAGAAACGGACAAAAAUCGGAGAUGAGAACAUUCAAAACGUCUAUUCAUUUUAUAUUGUUGUUUCAUAGUAGUUUCUAUUUGAAAUAAUUGGCAUCUUAACACAUAAGUUUCUGUCCGUAAAUCAAAAUGAAUAUAGUCCUAAAUCAUAUAGCAUUUUAUUUUGAUGCGUGUUCUUUAUUUUCGGUUUGUAAAUUGGCUUCUUGACUUUUUUCGUUCUGGAAUAUGUUUCGGACGAGAAAAAAAGUUUCCAUUUGAUUUGAACCAUUUUUUUUCACAAUCUGUUGAUUUGUUAUGACAAAACAAAAUACAUAUGCUACAUAUGCUCACACGGGUUCGAUAUAUAGUUUGCAUUUUAUUUCGUGUUUUUUUACUACCGUGUUAGACUCAUGGAAAUUUGUUUUUUUGAUUGUCACAAAAUUUUCGAUUUAAAAUUGCAACACAUAUACGAAGAGAUGAAAGAAAUGGAGAGGAGAAAAAUUUAAUUGCACUAGGAACGAUUGUAGAUAUUUAAGUAAAUUGUUAAAAUAAAACACACAGAUUUUUUAAA